GUCUGCCCUUUCCAUUUCGAGCAGUAGAAGAAUAGUUAUUGUUAUUGGAGACUUUUUUUGUUUUAUUUAUACACUAACCGAAGGGUUAGAGAGUUGUGAAUAUGGCUUUUCAUCAACGUUGUGGUCAGAAUGUGAGACUGUCUCACGAAAACACAGUUGCCUUGCGGAUAGAGAGCUACAACAAGGGUGUUGUGUACAGUAAAGAUCCACUAGAAAUUGGAGAACCAUUCCUCGUUCGAUUUGAUCAAAAGGAAGCUGGAUGGGCAGGAGGAUUGCGUCUUGGAUUGACUCUGUGUAAUCCUGAUCUCAGUGAUAUUCCAGCUGGUGUGUUGGAUGUAUAUAAUCAAGAUGAUCACUGGGUCUUGUCUGGCGGUACACUUCACCACAAUCAUGUGGAAACAAAUUACAAUGAACUACAUCUUGAGAAUGUCAAUCCUGGUGAUAUCAUUGGUGUGGUCGUUAGUGCUGAUGGAGAACUGCGUUUCCAAUUGAAUGGUGUUGAUAAAGGUGUGGCAGCGUAUGAUAUACCAGUCGAUGCACCAAUAUGGCUAAUAGCAGACAUCUAUGGCCAAGCGAAGCAAAUCACUAUUCAGAGUGAAUCUAGGGAUGCCGACAUGGCUGACGAGAUAGCAGAUGAGGAGGAAAAUGUUGAGUCUAAGGCAGCAAUAAUGAACUCACCCAGAGUACAGCCUGUUGUAUUUCCCGCAGAGCAUAGCAUAUUUCCUCAAGGCCCUUACUUUGGUGCAGCCCUCCCGGCACAUCCUAACUUAUUUGGAAUUCCGGUGCACAUGGCAGAACCUCCUGCACCCGUUGAUGUAUCUGUUGCAGUAAGAAAUUCGAAGACGAAAUCGAAGGCACAGAAGAGAGCAAAAGAUCCAAAGCCAACUCAAGACGAUCCAUUUCUUUUUGAAGGGGUAACUGGAUAAUUAGGAAAAUACUUGUGUUAGUAUCUACAUGGUUUGUCUAGUAUGAAGUUUUUUUGUAAAUGAGAGUAACUACUGAAGUAGUUAGUAUGUUGCAUUUUAAUCAAACUGUAGAUAUGACAUAACAUGCGGACAUGGUGGUCUGGUCUGUUUAUUUUCAGUGAUCAUACCCUAGUCUAUAUCUAUGUACAAGCAGUUUGAUGUUCUACACAUGAU